UCUAUUUUGCAAUGUCAUUUGUCACGCGAACAAGUUAAAACAUGUAACAUUAUAUUCAUUUGUUUGGAACGUCAUGGUCUCAUUCGUGAGAAUUUAGGAAAGUGAAAUCACUGUCCUAGUCCAAAGAAGAGAAUUUGGAAGACAAAUGAAGACCCAAAUGUGGCCCAAAUUUUCCAAACAAUUUGCUGGCCGAACGGAAAACUGUUGCCCAACUUUCGAAAGCAGUCCUUCAGUUUCCCGUAAUUUAUUAUUUUCCACGAACAUUUCAAACUUUCUUACACUGACACCCGCGCGAGCCCAAGUAACUUUUCUCGCCGGUCGUCUCCUACUUCGCAUCGUCAUCCCCAAAAACCCUGCGCAAAACCCUAAACCCCAGAACACCAAAAAUGCGCAUAUUCUUAACCUACUCAACCAAUUUCUUCAACCCCAAGUCAAAAACCCUAAACCCCAUCACAUUCCUCCUCUGCAAUCUCACCCCGACCCGACCCAAAUCGCAGUCGACCUCCAUCCCCAAAAAACAAGGCAGAAUCCGCGACCACGGCUACGACAACUACAUGGAAAUCGAAAAAAAGACCCGAAAAGUCCUCAAAUUUCAGGACCUCAUCCUGUCGCAGCCCAACCAAAUCAUCCAAGUCUCCCGGCUCGACCUCCUCGCCCGCCGCUUCGGCUUCAAGCAGAACGAGGCCGGCGUUUUCGUGCUCAAAUUCCCCCACGUUUUCGAGAUUUACGAGCACCCGGUUCAGCGGAUCCUCUACUGCCGGCUGACCCGAAAAGCCCACCUCCAGAUUGAGCAGGAGAAGCAGGCAAUGGUGGCACAAAUCCCCGACGCCGUCACCCGCCUUAGGAAGCUCCUGAUGAUGUCCAACACCGGGCGGCUCCGCCUCGAGCAUGUCCGGAUUGCGAGGGCGGAGUUUGGUCUGCCUGAUGACUUCGAAUACUCGGUAAUUCUCAAGCACCCUGAAUACUUUAGACUGUUUGAUGCGGAGGAAACUAGGAACAAGUACAUUGAGGUUGUCGAGAAAGAUUGUAGUUUAUCUGUUUGUGCUAUUGAGAAACUUAGGGAGAUUGAGUAUAGGGAGAGAGGAAUUGAUGCCGAGGAUAUAAGGUUUUCGUUCAUUGUGAAUUUUCCGCCCGGGUUUAAGAUUGGGAAGUACUAUAGGAUUGCGGUGUGGAAAUGGCAGAGACUUCCGUAUUGGUCUCCGUAUGAGGAUGUUUCCGGUUAUGACUUGAGGUCGAUUGAGGCGCAGAAGCGGAUGGAGAAGAGAGCGGUUGCUGUGAUUCACGAAUUGCUGUCGUUGACUGUGGAGAAGAAGAUUACAUUGGAGAGGAUUGCUCAUUUUAGAAUGGCGAUGAAUUUGCCGAAUAAGUUGAAAGAGUUUCUGCUUCAGCAUCAGGGGAUUUUCUAUAUUUCGACUAGAGGGAAUCACGGGAAGCUUCAUACAGUGUUUCUUAGAGAGGCUUAUAAGAAGGGUGAGUUGAUAGAGUCAAAUGAUUUGUAUUUGGCGAGAAGGAAAUUGGCUGAGUUGGUUUUGAUUAGCCCUAGGAAGGCAAGAAUGGAUAGUGAAUUGGUUAGUUACCGCAGAGAUUGGGAAGACGAUGAGAUGGGGCACGUUGGAAGAGAAUGUGUUGGGAAUGCUUUUGAGGAUUUAGGAGGAGGGAAUGAUGAUAGGCGGGAAAGGGAUGUGGAGGAUGGUACGAACUCAGAUAGUGGUGGUGAUUAUGACUCCGAUGGAUGAGGGUGAUCGAUUGUGGUGAAACUAUGGAGGAAAAGGAUUUCCAUGGAGCAGAGUGGCUGAGAUAGAACUCGUAUUUGGUACUUGAAUCAUCACUGUUGACAGUUAUGGAAGUUUCAGAGGAAAGGAGAAUAUCGACUACUGUAUCAUCUAACUUAAGUGUCUCUGAAACAUGAUGAGUGGUUGAUGAUCAAGGGUGGCAUUUACGUGAAGCAGAAUUGCUUCAUCAUGGACAGCACCUCAUGUGGAGCUGGAUUUUUGAAGAUUGGAGGGCAAAGUUUCGAUGCCAGUAGCCUUUUACGCUUGUGCAGAACUUGAAGAGAUCCUGAAAUUGAAGUUUUUGAGGUGAGUUGCCAUUGCCUCUUUACCUUGUGAAUUUGAAAGAAACCAUUUUUGAAGCAUUUGAAUACAUUGAACUUAAGCGCGAAUAAUUGGACGAGAUUUGCCUUC